CACCGAGACACUGCAUGGAGUUCACUAUGUUCCUUGCGGGCAUGAAAGAUGGAAUGGAACUUUCAGUUUCGGUAUCUUAAUAUAUUAACUGUUUCUUUCCAUGCCACUGCAUGUAUUUUAUGAUAUAAGUGACAUGAUGUAGCAGAACGCAUAAGUAUAUCACAUUUUAGAUCUCAACUUGUUUCAAACGAAGUUUGACAGUUGGAAACCACGUGAAUAUCUUGCCACUGUUCAUACGUCGCGGGAAAAUGGAUUUUGGCCAACGGGGCAGAAGAGGAGGCAGGGGAAGGGGCUUCGGAGGGGGUUUCAGAAGGGACGGGGGAUUUGAUGACAACAGAAACAGGUCAGAUUCUUCCAACUGGCGUUCUCAGAAUUCGGACGGGGUGUCAAGCUCUGAGAAUGAUACAACUAAAAUGUAUGUGGAGGAAAAUUGUGUUGGAAGAAUCAUUGGUAGAGGUGGUUCGAAAAUACGAGAGUUGCAAGACUCAAGUGGAGCAAACAUCAAGGUGAACAGAAAUGAGACAGAAGGUGGGAAGGUUCUCGUGGUUGUGAAGGGGAGUGCUGAUGCUCGCACACAGGCUGAGGACAUGAUAAAGGAACUCACGGAAUCAUUUAAUGGUCUGUCCGCUGGGAACAACCGAGGAGGUGGUGGACGAUCAGGUUGGGGACGCAGCAGCGAGGACACUUGGGGGUCUUCAGCAGGUCAGACAGGGAAUGGAGAGGAGACAUUUGGCUCAAGCUCGGAAACAACCGACAUUUAUGUGGACCCGAGCUGUGUUGGAAGAAUUAUUGGUAAAGGUGGAUCCAAAAUUCGUGAACUUCAAGAUGAAAGUGGAGCAAACAUCAAGGUGAACAGAAAUGAGACUGAAGGUGGGAAGGUUCUCGUGGUCGUGACGGGGAGUGCUGAUGCUCGCACACAGGCUGAGGACAUGAUAAAGGAACUCACGGAAUCAUUUAAUGACUCCUCAGGGUACAGAGGAGGAGGAGGUGGCGGACGAUCAUCAGACUGGGAUUUCAAUGAUGGAAACGCAGAUUCUGUAGGGAAUGGAGAGGAGACAUUGGGCUCAAGCUCGGAAACAACCGACAUUUAUGUGGACCCGAGCUGUGUUGGAAGAAUUAUUGGUAAAGGUGGAUCCAAAAUUCGUGAACUUCAAGAUGAAAGUGGAGCAAACAUCAAGGUGAACAGAAAUGAGACUGAAGGCGGGAAGGUUCUUGUGGUCGUGACGGGGAGUGCUGAUGCUCGCACACAGGCUGAGGACAUGAUAAAGGAACUCACGGAAUCAUUUAAUGACUCCUCAGGGUACAGAGGAGGAGGAGGUGUUGGUGGACGAUCAUCAGACUGGGAUUUCAAUGAUGGAAACGCAGAUUCUGUAGGCAAUGGAGAGAAGACGCGGAUGUUCAACAACAAGGGCUCAAGCUCAGAAACAACAGAAAUUCAUGUGGACCAGAGUUGUGUUGGAAGAAUAAUUGGUAGAGGGGGAUCCAAGAUACAAGACUUGCAGGAUGAAAGUGGAGCAAAGAUCAAGGUUACAAGAAAUGAGACAGAAGACGGGAAGAUUAUUGUGGUCCUGACGGGGAGUGCUGACGCUCGCACACAGGCUGAGGACAUGAUAAAGGAACUCACGGAAUCCUGCUUCGACUCGUCAUCGAGCUACAGAGGUGGUGGUGGUGGGCGAUCCACAGGCUGGGGAAGCACAGAUGACAAUGCAGGAAAUGGAGAAGAGACGGAGAAACCAAAGAUCAACUGGGGAAUCAUUCGAGCAGCCAAAGAGGCUAAUGAAGCAAAGAAAUUUGAAGGUCUGCCGCCUUUGGAGAAGAAUUUCUAUUUUGAAGAUCCUGAUGUCGCUAACAUGCAUCCAGGAGAAGUGAAAGAAAUCAGGAAGAAGAACAACAACAUUAUUGUGGAAGGCGGGGAGAAACGUGUGCCAAACCCUGUGAGGACCUUUGAAGAAGCCUUCCAGCAUUACCCUGAGAUCCUACAACAGAUCUAUAAUCAAAAGUUCGUUGAGCCAUCACCAAUACAGAAACAAGCAUGGCCCAUUCUGUUACAAGGACUCGACCUUAUUGGAAUAGCACAGACAGGUACCGGAAAGACCUUGGCCUUUCUCCUCCCAGCUUUAAUCCACAUUGACAACCAGCCCGUCCCCAGAGAAAAGCGAGGCGGCCCCAAUGUGCUGGUGUUGUCUCCGACCCGAGAACUGGCCCAGCAGAUAGAGGUGGAGGUGAAGAAGAUCAACUACAGGGGCAUACGCAGUGUGGUCGUGUAUGGUGGCGGCAACCGUAGAAGCCAGAUCAAUGUGGUCACAAGAGGUGUGGAGAUCAUUGUAGCCACACCAGGGCGACUCAACGAUCUCAUCAUGAAUGGCAUCGUAGAUGUGAAGUCUGUUACGUAUCUGGUUCUUGAUGAAGCAGAUAGAAUGCUGGACAUGGGAUUUGAACCUGAAAUCCGAAAGAUUUUGUUGGACAUCAGACGAGACAGACAGACCGUAAUGACAAGCGCCACCUGGCCUCAAGAUGUCCAGCGGCUGGCAGACAUGUACAUGUCCAGCCCUAUCAACAUCUUUGUGGGAACACUCGAUCUGGCUGCUUGCCACAGUGUUACACAGCUGGUUGAAAUGUUAGAUGAUGAAGAGAAGAAACCUCGGCUGUUUGAAUUCCUCCAGUAUGAGCUUCAGCCCAUAGACAAAGUGAUUGUGUUUGUGGGGAAGAAAGUCUUAGCUGAUGACCUGUCCAGUGACUUGGCUAUGGAGGGUGUGGAGUGUCAGUGUAUCCAUGGCGACAGGGAGCAGUGUGACCGAGAAGCUGCACUGAGUGACUUUAAGUCCGGAGCCGUCCGAAUUCUCAUUGCAACGGAUGUUGCUUCCAGGGGCCUUGACGUGAAGGACAUCACGCAUGUGUUGAACUAUGACUUCCCCCGGAACAUUGAAGAAUAUGUACAUAGGAUUGGCAGAACGGGCCGAGCAGGGAAUACAGGUACUUCAAUUACAUUCAUCACCAGGGGAGACUGGCGACAGGCCCAGAAACUCAUCGACAUCAUGGCAGAAGCUGACCAGGAGAUCCCAGACAUCCUGAUAAAAAUGGCAGAACGGUAUCAGGCCCACAGAGAGCGUGUGGCGCAGGAAGGCGGAGGAUUCGGUGGCCGAGGAGGGCGUGGUGGACGGGGACGAGGAGGAGGUUUUGGUGGGGGUAGAAGAGGAGGCGGUGGCUUUGGGGGUGGGGGUGGCGGUGGGGAGGAUGAUGGGUUCAUCAGUGGGGGUUUUGGGAGGGGGGCAUUCCGAGGUGGGGGUGGCAGGGGGCGUCGUGACAAGGAAUACGACAUCCAUAUGGGCUGGUGAUGCUCGAUAUCAUUGACAGAGUGUGCUGCAGGUGUUGAACAAGUCUUCAGCAGCAUUGUCAGACUGCCAUAGUCUAAUAUAAUCUCAAGCUGAGACACAAGUCUCUGUUAUAUUUCAUUGCUUUGUCACAAGGAAUAGUAAAGCACUUGUCACAGCUUUUGUUCCUGACAUAUUUUCAAUUCAUGACAGCAGACAUGUAUUCAUUUAAUUUGCAAUAGUCAUUUUGGUGGACAAUGGACUGAAUACGUUUUCAUGGACAAAAAAAAUACUUUGAUAUAUUUUGAGAUUAACUUUAUCCUUGUGUGUGGGGGGGGACAUGGUGAGGAACAAAUGGUGCUAGUUAUAUGUUAUGUGAAGAGAGACCUGUGGAUAAUCUCGUAAAUAUGAAGCUACUCCCUUGUUUAUGAAAGGAGACUGAAUGUGGCGGAGAUGAUCAAUACAGUGAAGGAAGCCUGGUGGCCUGGUCUCUCUUCUAUUAGUCAUCUUGAUGGAAUGAAUGCUUGGCGAUAAUGUAAUUUCCAGCAAGGUGAAAACUUUCAAUACUUAUGGGUUUCUUGUCUACCAUUGUUACACCCUUGAAGGCCUGGGUUAGAAUUGAUCUUCAGCAACCCAUGCUUGUCGUAAGAGGUGACUUUGCUUGUCAUAAGAGGCAACCAACCGGAUCCUAUGGCCAGGCUCGCUGACUUGGUUGAUGUAUAUCAUCAUAGCCAAGUUGUGUAGAUCGAUGCUCAUGAUGUCGAUCAAUAGAUUUUCUAGUCCAGACGUGAUUCUUUACAGACAGCCGUCAUAUGGCUGGAAUAUUGCUAAGUGUGGGGUUAAACAUCAAACAAACAAACCCUUGUUGAGUUUAGAGUUAUCCUUGCUGUUUUGGCCAAUGAAAACCAUGACCUUUGCUGCACGGUGAGAAAGUUUGUAGGCUGAAGCAAGUAACAAGGAGAUAUGACUGUUUGGGUUGUACCAGGUGGCAUAUUCAGAGAAGACAGAUUAUUUUAAGGUCCUUUGAGUUUGUUCUCUUGAUUUAACUGAAUGUUACCUACUUAAAAAUAGGUCUGUAAGGCCAGUCAUUAUGUGCCAUUAUUCAUCCUAAUGCAUUAAAAAAAUUGACAUAA